GGCUGCGUCGGCGGCCGGGGGUGGGGGGGAGAAGAUGCCUUCUCCAUCAUUUACCCUGGAUGCUCAGCUGAGGUUUCAUGACAAAUGGCUGAAGAUCGAUUUACAGAGAGCCUUUUCUCCUGAGGGUCUGAGUGAGAUGUGGAACGAGAUGGUCAAAGACGAGGAGAUCACCUUCAGUGGAGGAGAAGAUGCUGCUCACCCUGAAGACUGUGACUGCUUUGGAGCUCAGAAGAAAGACGAAGCCAACGACAAAGAAAAGAAAGAGGAAGAAGAGACGUCAGCUUCUGUCCAUCACGCCAUCAUCGAGUCCUGGGACUGGGGACGACAGCCAGAUGGUAUGGAGCUGAAGGAGUGUCUGAUGGUCCUGGUGGAGGACCAGCAGAAGAUCUCCUCUCUCCUAGCUAAGAGCACUCUGUCAGCUCAGCGGCUGCGUCAGCGUCUGGUCAUCCUGGAGAGAUACCUCAUCUCCCUCAGCCACAGCAUGAUGGAGGAGAAGUACGAGGUCUGCUGGAAGACUCCGCCCACUCCGCCACUUCCUGCCACAGACAACAAGAGUUCUCGGCCCGUAAAUAAAGGUGUUGAAGGUUUGGCCAGAGUGGGCUCUAGGGCGGCGCUCUCUUUCGCCUUUGCCUUCCUGCGUCGUGCCUGGAGAUCAGGAGAUGAUGCCGAUCUGUGCAGUGAGCUCCUGCAGGAGUCUCUGGACGCUCUCAGAGCUCUCCCUGAGGCCACGCUCUUCGAUGAGGGCAGUGUGUCGUCGGUGUGGUUGGAGGUGGUGGAGAGAGCCACCAAGUUCCUCAGUGACGUCCACGGAAGUGCCACCACCAAAGGGAACAUUCCUCUACAGGACCAGCACCUGGUUCUGGCCAUUCUGCUGGAGCUGGCAGUGCAGAGAGGAACUCUCAGUCAGCUGCUCUCUGCUGUCUUGCUGCUGCUUCGUCUCUGGGAAAGUGGCACCAAGGAGAUGGACAAUGAACGCUCCACGCAGGGAACCAGCGCCCCCUUACUGCCACUCCUGCAGCGCUUUCAGAACAUACACAGCAGCAAAGAGGAGGUGGCUGAAGAGGAGGAACCUGAGAUCCUCACUGCCCCCUUGAGUCCAAAUGAGAGUUUCCUUCAAUACCUGACCUUACCACAGGAUAAUGACUUGGCCAUUGACCUUCGCCAGACGGCGGUAGUGAUCAUGGCCCACCUGGACCGACUGGCUGGUCCAUACAGUCCUCCACAGUGUAACUCUCCAUCCUCACACAAGGGUUCCUUGCAGGAGGUAAUAGCCUGGGGUCUUCUGGGCUGGAAACUGUAUGCCAAUGUUAACGGACCAAUCCAGUGUAGGUCUCUUUCCAGCCUGGGUGUGGCCCAGAUUGUGUGUUCAGAGAAGGGUUUCCUCAUCCUGUCACGAAGCAGCUCUGUCUACACACAGAACUACAAGAGUACAACCCUGUCCCCGAUGAUGAUCCACAGUCUGAGCUCCAGAAAGAUCGUGAAGCUGGCCGCUCACCCUGAUGGUCAGCACUACUUGGCUCUGUCAGCUAAUGGGGAGGUCUUCUCCUGGGGCUGUGGAGACGGAGGACGUCUAGGACAUGGAGACACCACGUAUUUGGAGGAACCUGCACUCAUCACAGCUUUCAGUGGGAAGCAGGCAGGAAAACACGUGGUCCACGUCGCCUGCGGGAGCACGUAUAGUGCCGCCAUCACCGCGGAUGGCGAGCUGUACACAUGGGGGCGAGGGAACUACGGUCGACUGGGCCAUGGGUCCAGUGAGGAUCAGACCACGCCCAUGUUGGUGACGGCCCUGAAGGGUCUAAAGGUCGUCGAUGUGGCCUGUGGAAGUGGAGAUGCUCAAACACUGGCUGUGACCGAGAACGGUCAGGUCUGGUCCUGGGGGGACGGAGACUACGGUAAACUGGGCCGAGGGGGCAGCGACGGCUGUAAGACUCCCAAACUGGUGGAGAAGCUGCAGGAUCUGGACAUCGUGAAGGUUUGCUGCGGCAGCCAGUUUUCCGUGGCCCUCACCAAAGACGGCCAGGUUUACACCUGGGGCAAAGGAGACAACCAGCGCCUGGGUCAUGGUACCGAUGAACACGUCCGCUAUCCAAAGCUGCUGGACAGUUUACAGGACAAGAAGGUGGUGGACGUGGCCGUUGGCUCCACCCACUGUCUGGCCCUGACAGAAGACGGAGAGGUUCUGAGCUGGGGCAGCAACGACAAACUGCAGCACUUUGAUACGCUCUUCUCCAACAAGAAGCAGCCCAAAGCUCUGCCAGGACUCAACUCCAAACACAUUGUGGGAAUCUCCUGUGGUCCAGGACAGAGCUUCGCCUGGUCCUCCUGCUCAGAGUGGUCCGUGGGUCAGUGUGUGCCCUUCGUGGUGGACAUCUGUCCCGUGACCUUUGAGCAGCUGGACCUGCUCCUGCGACAGGUCAGCGAGGGAAUGGACGGUAGUUCGGACUGGCCCCCCCCUCAGGAGAAGGAGUGUAUCGUCGUAGCCACACUCAACCUGCUCCGCCUCCAGCUCCACGCUGCCAUCAGUAACCAGGUGAAUCCAGAAGACCUGGGUCUGGGUCUGGGCAGUCUCCUGCUCAACAACCUCAAACAGACGGUGGUGGUGCUGGCCAGCAAUGCCGGGGUUCUGAACACGGUCCAGGCCGCUGCUCAGGCCGUGCUGCAGAGCGGCUGGUCAGUGCUGCUGCCCACCGCUGAGGAACGAGCUCGCGCUCUGUCCUCGCUGCUGCCCCACGCUGUGUCAGGAAACGAAAUGAGCGUCAGUCCCGGGCGUCGCUUCAUGAUCGACCUGCUCGUCAGCAGUCUGAUGGCCGACGGAGGUUUGGAGUCCGCUCUCAACGCCGCCAUCACCGCCGAGAUCCGAGACAUAGAAGCCAAGAAGGAGGCGCAGAAGGAGAAGGAGAUUGAUGAGCAGGAGGCCAAUGCCUCCACCAUGCACCGCUGUCGCACCCUGCUGGACAAAGACCUCAUCAACACUGGAAUUUACGAGUCUGCGGGGAAACAGAGUCUGCCGCUGGUGCAGCUGGUGCAGCAGCUGCUCAGGAACAUCGCCUCUCAGACCAUCACCAGACUGAAGGACGUGGCCUGUCGGAUAUCGAACUACUUAGAGGCCGAGCACGUCAGUAAAGAACGUUCUGCGUCUUUGGAUCUGCUGCUGAGGUUCCAGAGGCUGCUGGUCAGUAAACUGUACCUGGGCGUCAGUGGAUUAGAGGACAGGAACGGAUACAAUCCAGAACUUCUGGGCGUGGGUUCCCUCCUGAAGAAGUACAUCGCUCUACUGUGCACUCACAUCGGUGACAUCCUCCCGGUGGCCACCAGCAUUGCCUCUUCUGGACCCAGACACUUUGCUGAGGUGUCCAGAGUCAUCGAAGGAGAUCUGACUGGAGUUCUUCUUCCUGAGCUGGUGGUGUCCACCGUCCUCCUCCUCACCCUGGACAACGCUCUGAUGCAGGAGACCGGCUCCAUCUCUCUGCUGGCUGGACUCCUGGAACACCUGGAUCGAUUCAACCACCUGGCUCCGGGACACGAGAGAGACGAGAACGAGGACCUGGCCUGGCCGGGCAUUAUGGGUUCCUUCUUCACAGGUCAGAGCUGUAAGAACAACGAGGAGGUGUCUCUGAUCAGGAAGGCAGACCUGGAGAACCACAACAAAGACGGAGGCUUCUGGACCAUCAUCGAUGGAAAGGUCUACGACAUCAAGGACUUCCAGGCUCAGUCUCAGUCCCUGUCAGGGAACAGUGUCCUGGCUCAGUUUGCAGGAGAAGACCCUGUGGUGGCUCUGGAAGCUGCUCUGCAGUUUGAAGACACCCGGGAGUCCAUGCAGGCCUUCUGUGUGGGACAGUACAUGGAGCCAAACCAAGAGACGGUCACCACCCCUGACCUCAGCAGUCUGUCUUCACCUCUGAUGGACACAGAGAGGAACCUGGGCCUCCUGCUGGGCCUCCACGCCUCCUACCUGGCCAAGAGCACGCCCCUCUCCCCCAUGGAGACGGAAUGUGCCAAAUGGCUCCAGUCGUCCAUCUUCUCUGGAGGUCUACAGACCAGUCAGAUCCACUACAACUACAACGAGGAGAAGGACGAAGACCACUGCACCUCCCUGGGAUCGACCACUGCAGACAAGGCCAAGCUGUACUCCAGGAGACUGACCCUCAGUGACCACGCCCAGCCGUUCCUCCAGGCCAUCGCUGACAACAACACUCAGGAGCACACGGUCAAGGACUUCCUGUGCCAAAUUGAACGCUGCUGCAGACAGUACCACCUCAUCACACCCAUCACCUUCCCCCCGGAGCACCCUGUGGAGGAGGUGGGCCGUCUGCUCCUCUGCUGCCUCCUCAAACACCAGGACCUGGGUCAAGUUGCUCUUUCAUUGGUCAGUCAGUGUGCUCUGGGUGUCGACCAGGGGAAGCAGAGGUCACUCCCCAAGUCAGUGAUCGAUGUGUGCCGUAUGGUCUACCAGGCCAAGUGUUCUUUAAUCAAGACCCACCAGGAGCAGGGUCGCUCCUACAAGGAGGUUUGUGCUCCGGUCAUCGAGCGUCUGCGUUUCCUCUUCAAUGAGCUGCGUCCUGCUGUCAGCAAUGACCUGUCCAUCGUCUCCAAACUGAAGCUGCUUAGCUCACAGCCACGGUGGAGGAGGAUCACGCAGAAACUGAUACGAGAGCGCAGGAAAAAAAGAGUGCCUAAAAAGUCCGAGUCUGCUGACAUUGAGGAGCCAAAGCUGGAGAACGAGGAGACCAACCAAGAAGAAGUCAACGUUCACAUCAGCUCCAGCUCAGCAGUGGGAAAAGUACCAGCUGCCAGAACCACCAAGGUACCCAGCUGUUCACAACCUGCCAUGUUGAGAUCAUGACCUCUGACCUUUCUC